CUCCCUUUCUUCCCUUUUCCCUUUCUUUACUCCCAGUUCUUUUCACGGAUCCCAGAAACAAACUCAUCUUCUGAGUUUCUUCUCUGCCCGUGUGUGAACGCAAUCGUAAUCGGUCGUUGAAUUUUUCAGCUUCCCAUUCCUAAUUCUCAGCGUCGCGCGCGCUCUCCUCGACCCAUUCAACCUCUGUCGAUUUUUCUCCCUAUUUCUUCACGAAAACCAUUAUCAUGGCUACAGAGUACGAUCACGAGAACGGUCGCUACGACGACGAACCUCGCUUCACCCGCGACCGCAGCGCAUCUCCUCGCGAUGAGCCGCGCGGCGACCGCACCCGCAGCCGUUCUCCCAACGGACGCGUCGAUGACCGCCCCCCUGUUGAUACCCGCAAGCCUCCUUUGGAUGACGAUGAAGAAGGCGCCCUCAACACUGGAUCUAACCUCUUCGUCACCGGCAUCCACCCCCGUCUGACCGAGUCGGACAUUUCGCGUCUCUUCGAGAAGUAUGGUGACGUCGAGAACUGCUCGAUCAUGGUCGACCCUCACACCAAGGAGUCUCGUGGCUUCGGCUUCGUCAAGAUGGUCACCGCCGAGCAGGCUGAUGCCGCCAAGGAGGGUCUCCAGGGUGAGGUCAUUGAGGGACGUACCCUGAGCAUCGAGAAGGCUCGUCGUAGCCGUCCCAGAACCCCUACCCCUGGCAAAUACUUCGGUCCCCCCAAGCGUGAAGACUUCCGUGGAGGUCCCCGUGGCCGUGGUGACCGCUAUGAUGACCGCCGUGGUGGUGGCUACGGUGGCAGCUGGCGUCGUGGCGGCGACGAUUACCGCUAUGGCCGCUACGAUUCCUACAGUGACCGCCGUGAGUACGGCGGUGGUCGUGAUUACCGCGACUACGGUCGCCGUGACUACCGUGAUGACUAUGGUUACCGUGGUGGUGGUGGUGGCGGUGGCGGUGGUGGCAUCGACCGUUAUGCCUCGGGCGGUGGUCGUGAGGACCGUUACAGCCGCGAUGAGCGCCGCGGUGGUGAGGAGCGUCGUGGCGGUGGUGGCGGCGGCGGCGGCGGUGGUGGUGGUGAGGAUCGCCGUGGUUACUACGAUCGCGAUGCCAACCCUCCCAGCUAUGGAUCUGCUCCCCCUGCCCGUGAGCCCUACGCCGGUGGUGGUGGUAGCGGUGGUGGUGGUGGCAGCGGCAGCGGUGGUCGCUCCUACGAACCCCGUGGCGGCGAUGACCGUUACAGCACCAGGUAGGUGGACUGAUCAGACAUGGGUGGUUGAAUCGAGGUCAUGCCACGUUCUCCCUCCCAGGCCUAUCUAGGUCUUCUUCCUCAUUUCCUUUCACUCUUUCCCUCUUUACACCUUACCACACCCCUUGUUUCAAGUCACCAUCCCCGGCACUUCCCCCUGUUCUUUGGAAUGCUUCCCCCCUUUUUUCUUUUAAUACCCCUGGAUGAAUGG